UUCCCUCGCAGCUCGUAGCUCGUAGCAUUGUUGCAUUGAAGCAUUCGCCAGUUUGCCGGUUCGGAUUUUGUUCUCGGUCUCGCUCCAAUUUAACCACAAAAAUAAUCGCAAGUUGACUAUUUUAACAUUUUGAAUUUGCUAAAACAAUUCAUAAUGGCUUACAAACAGCAAAAAACGAUCUCAAGAAUGAUGGUUCAACCCAUCAAUCUUAUAUUUCGGUUCCUUCAGAAUAAGAGUCGUUGCGAAGUAUGGCUGUAUGAAAACCAGUAUCUUCGCAUCGAAGGAGUCAUCAUCGGCUUUGACGAAUACAUGAACUUAGUGAUGGAGGAUGCCGUUGAAUAUUCGUUGAAAACUAAUGUGAGAAAGAGUCUUGGGCGAAUAAUGCUCAAAGGAGAUAAUGUGACACUGAUUCAAUGCCUUGAACCUAUGCCUAUGCUAUGAACAGUGAUGUUUUAUUUGUGUGUGAAUGUUAGGUUAAGUGACAGAUUUUCUUCGAAGUUAUUUUUUAUUGUAAACUAU